AUGGCAAGCAUGCUUUAGUAAACUAAUAACAAUUAAUUUGAAAAGCAAAUAUAACAAUUUAAACCUUAAACAUAGGCUUAAGCUCAAAUUUAAUAUUAUGUGUACUAAGACUUAUAGUAUGUUAUCAAUUUACUCUAUUAAAUGAAAGCUGUUGCUUAACAUUUUAAGAACUCUGAGCACACUAUGGUUAAACUGUGUAAUAACAAGUUAAUGUUAUAAUUAAAUAUAUCAUUUGGAAUUCACCUUGAUUAAUUAUAACAAUCUCAGAGGAAUGAAACGAACUUUUACUUUUUAAAAGCAUAAAAAAAUAAUGCUUUUAUGAUACUUGAGUCCAUUAUUCAAAAAAUGAGUGACAAUGAGAAAGAAUUAUUAAAAGAGUAAUUAGAAUGUAUUCAAAAUUACAUGACUAAUUGUUUAGGACCACAAUACAAUUGGAGGUAGUAUUAAUUAAAAGCAACUAAUAUGACUCCCUAAUUUAAUGAUCAAGUAUUGUAAUAAUUAAUUAAUUCAAUCUAAUAAGUUGAUAAUUAAGUAACUCACAUAAAAGAAAAUAGUAAUUCUAGUUUUCCAUUAGAACAAAUCGAAAGAACAGCAUAGUAAUUUAUUUUAUUAUUAAUUUUUAGAUAGUUUGAAAGAAAAACAUAAGAGUAAUUGAAUCGCAAUUUUCCAAAUCUGAAUAAUUCUAAUUUCAAUAUGCAAGAAAAUGAAUUAUCUUAAGUUGAUAACUUAAAUAUAAGCUAUCCCAAAAAUCAAUGGAAUAAAUAAAAUAAUUAAAAAACUUAAUCAACUUAACCUGAUUUAAUGAAUUCUGUUGACAAUGAAUUUUAGAAUUAAUAAUUAACAGAUGUUUUAUGCCAUUAUUAAUAUUCUAACUCCAACUAAGAUAGAAUUGUUUAAUAAAUAAAUCUUGAUUACGAAAAAUUUAAAGUAUAAAGAUAUCAUCAAAUAUAUAAUCUUAAUUGCAAUGUUUUAUAGAAUUAUUAAUAAUAAGGUCACUUAAGAGAAUAGUUCAAAUAUUUUUAGAUAUUUAAGAUUUAUCAUGAUUAUGUGCAAUAAGCAAAUAAUAAUCUGAAACAAUUUGUAGAGUUCUUACUAUCAUACUAAUAUAAAGAUUAAUACCAUUAUGACGAAUUCAUUAAUUAUAUUAUGGAAUCAUAAGAAAUAAUCAAUUCAAAGAGUCAAUAUAUGCAAGGCAAUAAUAGUUAGUACCCUUUGAACCCACAAUAUUAUCAAAAGCUCUAUUAAAAAUUUUUACUCAUAUUUCAGUAUUAAAAAAGAUGA